UUCUGAUCGUGGUGAAAAGUUCAAGAUUUUCCUUAGUGGCAUCCAUUCUCCACAGUUUUCUGAUCUAAUUUAUGGCUUCAAAUGAAGCAUCGAUCGAAGAUUUAAUAAAAUUAUUGACGGAAUUCUAUGAUUCUUCAACCAGUCCAUCUCGACGUCAGGAAAUACAGAUUAUAUUAGUAAAUUUCGAAACCUCUGCUAAUGCUUGGUAUCAUGCAAUGUGUUAUUUAUCCAUGUCUAAAAACCAAUACGUAGUUCUGUAUUGUUUAGGCGUUGUUGAAACGACUAUUAUUCAUCAGUGGCCACUUCUUUUAAAAGAUGAUAAAUUAAAAAUGCGUUCAUUUUUAAAAGAUUAUCUUAGUAGAAACUGUUUGGAUCAGCCUAACUUCCUGUUAAAAAAAGCCGCAAAAUUGCUAUCACUGACUGUUUGCUUUGAUUGGCCUGAUCAAUAUUUAGAUCAUAUGGAAUUUCUUAAAACUCAUAUUUUCAAUGAUUCUUUGAACACUUUAAUUGGUCUCAGGACAUCGUUGAUGGGUCUAUAUUGUUUCAAGUCUACGUAUGAAUCAUUUCUAAAUCCACCAGAAAUGAUAAAUUAUUCAAAGAAAACUGAACUUCAAGAUUUUUUACGUAAAGAAACUACUGCAUUCUGCGGAUUACUGUAUUCAUUUACUUCACAUAUAUGUAAUAAUAUUGGUUGUGGAGAUGUAAUAAAUUUGUCACAGUCUUAUCUGUCGAGUCAAAAUCCUCAUUUGCAGCAAAAUAGUCAGCAUUCUCUUUGGCAACCACUUCUCAUUUUUUUGGAAUCUUUAGCCAAUGAUUGUUUAACAAAUUCUGGGACUCGAUGUUACACAUUGAUUGAGUGUUUCGAAUGUUUACAUGAAGUAUUAAAACUGUGGCCUGGUCAACCCGAUCUCUUGGAAGAAAUUCUAACAUCAGUAUUUCUUUUCUCAUUGAUAGGAACUCCUCAAUGUUUAUCAGCCUGUGCUGAAGCAGAGGUAGCUCUUGCGUUAUCACCUAAUGACUGUGAUCUCCUCAGGUUAAUUGGUUUGACCGCCCUGACUUGUUUACACGAGUUGGUUGAAAAACGAAACGUGGACAGUUUAAUGAAAUAUCAAUCUAGUUUUGUCUUUCAAUUUAUCACUUGCCAUCUUAACUUAGCUAGUGGUCGUAUUGUACUGAAAAAAAUUUCCACACAGAAUAAUGAAAAUAAAUUCAACAAUAAUAAUCAUGAUAUUUCUAGUGCUCUUGCAAUGGACAGACAAAAACAGGCUAAAUGUGACGAUUUUGAAAUGAAAUUAGUCGAAAUUAUUCGUUGUAUACUACCAAGUUGUCUUAAAUUUGUUUAUGAAAAAAAUAAUUUGAAUAAUAAGUUUUCAAUGAAUGAUUUAACCAUGUUUUUACAAGCUUUUCAUGAAUUUACCUUUUUCACAUCGAAUUUCGACACAUAUUUAUCUUGCAUUAAUAUUUGGUCUAGUGUAUUUGAGUCUCUUCAAUUUUGUAUGUAUCAAUCAUCUAGUUGCUUGAUGUCUAAUUCAAAUGUACAUAGAAUACUCAUUGAAUUCGGGAAUGCUUUAUUUUCUAGGCUUUUUUAUAGUGAGUCCUCGGUUUAUUUAGAUACGUUGGAUUAUGAUAUAUUUGAAAAUGAUGAAAUGUCAUAUAUGCCCUACCCGACUAACGAUGAGAAUAGCUUGUUGUCAAUUGUUUUUCCAGAGGAAUCUCAUACAAAUAAUUCGCAAAAAACUGAACCAUGUGAAUAUGUGAUAUUUAUUCGUGAAAGUUUAUCAACAUUUCAUCAUUUAGUGGAUUUAUUACCUCAUGAUUUUACUGCACUACUUUUCCAAAGAUUUCAAUGCAUUUUAAAUGAAUAUACUUCGCUAGUGAAUUCAACUGGUUUACUAUCGAAUGUAUUUAAUUACCCUAAGGGUCAGCCAGUCUAUCGUGUUCAUUGGAUUUUAAGAGAUUUUGCUUCAAUUGUACAGGUGAUUGGUUUUAUGUCUGAAAAAUUUUGUUGUGAAAAAUAUCAAGAAUGUGGUCAACAAAUUUUACGUGCUCUAAUGUAUUGCUUACGUUUAAAUAGUGCAAUUUUUCCUGCUCUUCAUAAUAUUACCGAGCGUCUUAUACGACUAAGUUUUGUUGAAGUCAUUGUUCAAGUAUUGCUUGUAUGGCGUGCUUUAAUUGUUUCCGGUUCUAUUGGAUUUAAUGUGGAUUCUACUAAUUUAUCACAUGAUAAAAUUUACCUCCCAUCCACUGAAUGUGAAUAUUUCUAUUCCGAACUUAUGGAAAUCUUUCAGUGUUUUCUUAAACCUCUUAAAGAUACCACAUUGUCCUCUUUCACUAUAAUCUCUUCAAGAAUUAUCUAUAGUUGUGCUCAAUUAUUCAAGUGUUUAUUUACAUCAUCAUUUCGUGAUAUACGCCCACCAAGCUCAAUUAUAUUCAAUGUAAAUUCUAGAACUUUUACCAUAUUUAACAGCAUAUUUGAUUCUAUCUGUGAACAAAAGUAUCCAAUAUCAAUGGACUAUCAUAUAUUAAAUUCUUUAGUGUCUGCAUUUUUAUUUUAUUUAUCUUCUGAAAAUGAGACAUCUCAUUUAUGUAACUAUGAAAAUACUAAUAAUGAACGUAACAAAUUGUCCUCUAUACGAGAUUCAUUACUGAAUCGAUUAAUUGUACAAUUAUUUCUGCCUAAUUUAGAUCAGAAUAAUUUCGAAAUUGCUCAAAAACAACAUAUCACAUAUUUAAGUCUACUCAAUCAUUCUAUAUUAUCUCUAGAAAAUGCUAAGAAUUCCACUCGUCAACUUGUCUAUACUGUACUAACUAACUCAGGUCUAAUGGAUAAUCUAGUCAGUUGUUUAUUGAACAAAAUUUUAACAUGUAACUCUUCUUGUUCAAUAAAUUCAAAUCCAGACAUAAAAAUAAAGUUUUGUACAGCCUAUUUAAUAUUUUUAGCUACAUUUGUUCGGAUUUUAUCUAUUUCUAAUAAUUCUUUAUCAUCAAUUCCACAAUUAAUUGGUCAAAUAAUUCAUUCACUACGUGCAACCUCAUCAUUGACAACUGUAUCAAAUUCUUUUUCAAUUACUGUCAUUGGUCCAGUAAUUGAUAUAUUACUAUUAAUAACACAUCAUAAAAUAUUUUUGCCAAUUUUACAAGAUACAUUUGAAUUAUGUAUCUGUGUUUUCUUGCCUAUCUUGUCAACUAUUCCAAAUGCAGUGUAUACUGAUAAUGUACAAAGUAUACAUCAAUUAAUUAUGAAUGCAUGUGCAAAUAAUAGUCAAUUAGUACAACAAUUAUUCAAAUUGAUAUUUACAAUUUUAUCGAAUAAUUUCUCUUUCUUUUUUACACGUAAUCAUUUGGAUACAAAUACUAAUACAACUACAACAAUUCUACAACGUUAUACAUUAAAUUGUCCGGAUUUAUUUCAUCGUCUUAUGUUUAUCUUUUCUAGUGUAUUACAUGCGGAACAAGUGAAUUCUAGUUUAGUGAAAUUUAUUAUUGAAAAAUUAAUUGAUUUAAAUGCAUCACAUAAAUUAUUCGAUUUAUAUGAUUUCAACAAAUCAUGGUUAUCUGUAUUUACAACAUCUAUAUUAAAUUUAUUAAUUGAUAAUAAACAUAAUUCAUGUAAAGAUACACUAACAGAAAGUUUAUAUUAUUUUGCUGCAUCAUUUACACAUUUAUCUUGUUCUCAAACUAAUAGCGAUAAUAGUAGCGAUAAUAACAAUAAUUCUAAUCAUCAUUCUAUCAUCAUCAAUAAUAGUAAUAAUAAUAAUAACGAACACCACCAAUCUAAUGGUUUACUUCACUUUGUUCAACAUUUCCUUCCAUCAUAUUUGAAUACAAUACAAAAUUUAGACAAUAGUCAACGUGUCUCAAUUUUAUCCUGUUUCUAUGAUACAAAUCAAAGAGAAUUCUAUGCAAACGAUAUUACAGUAUUUAAUCAUUGCAUAGAAUUACUCGUUUACAAUAUACGAUAUUAUAGUACUAUUAAUUCGGGAAUGACAACAGUUUCAUUGGCAAACUCUCAUGCGUAGUUCCUGUUUUUUUGAAUAUGCCAACAAACUGUUGUGCUCUUUAGUCGUGUAGAAUUACACUUGUUAUAUAGCUAGCUCUAUCAGUGAAUUCCUCUACCAAUUUUUCUAUGUGGAUCGUCACUAAUCACCGGUUAUUUAAGCUGUGAGUUAUUUCCUUCUCUUUUGUUUUUUUGUUAUUGAAAGUUCAAUUUUUUUUUCUUUUUAAUUAACACAUUUUACUUAAUGCAUUUGCUGUACACACAUAAACACACACACACAAGUACUCUUAAUUCUAUUUUGUUAUUGCUAAUUAUCUGCAUAUUCAUUUUCAAUAACAACAAAAAUUUGCCUUUGAUAUUGAUUAUAUUUUUCUUUCUACUUAACCUUUAUCUUAUUAUUAUUAUUAUUGAUCGAUCAAUUUGAUUGUAUUUGUAUUUUUUAUGACUUGAAUUUUGUAACAUUGUUAGUCAAUUAGUCAAGUGAUUUAUUUAAAUGCACCACGUCACAAUCUGGAAAGUCAAAUAAACACAACAGCUAAGAUAACACCGACAACAGUGACAACAGCAACAACAACGACAACAAUCGGGUUUCAACAUUCUUUUUCCUUAUUUCUGUAUUUUAUUAUUUGUUUGUUUAUCUCUUUACACUGUUUUGUCACA